CCUCCAUCACCCUCCAUCACCCCGUCACCCCUCCCCGCUGGGUGGCUAUGCAGAGGCAGUGACGUCACCGGGCUGUCUCUCAGUCCCUUCCUGCUGCAUCACAAACAGCCGUUAGUAGCUCGAGUAGCACUAGUGACCGGGAGGGACAGGAUAUCCACAGCUAAUUCAUUGAGAAAAACAACUCUUACUGACACUCUGACAACAUCCUAACACAGGGGGUGAACAGGACAGGAACUGGUCGCAGUGAGGAUAACCCCGCUCCAGCUGUUGGGACAUGGCCAGGCCGGAACAGGUUCUGCUCUUGGAGCCUCAACACGAACUGAAAUUCCGAGGUCCGUUCUCAGAUGUGGUCACCACAAAUCUCAAGCUCUCCAACCCUACAGACAGGAAUGUGUGUUUCAAGGUGAAGACGACGGCGCCGCGCCGGUACUGUGUGCGGCCAAACAGUGGAAUCAUUGAUGCAGGCACCUCAAUCAACGUUUCAGUUAUGCUGCAGCCUUUUGACUACGAUCCCAAUGAGAAGAGCAAACACAAGUUCAUGGUCCAGUCCAUGUUAGCACCUCCUGACAUGACCGACAUGGAGGGAGUGUGGAAGGAGGCUAAGCCAGAAGAGCUGAUGGACUCCAAGCUGAGGUGUGUUUUUGAGAUGCCGGUGGAGAACGAAAAAACGCAUGACAUGGAGUCCAACAAGAUGAUGUCGUCCAGCUUGCUGAAGUCAGAUUCCUCCUCGCUGCCUCCAAAGUCAAUGAGCUCCACCCUUGAUGACGGGGAGGUAAAGAAGAUCAUGGAGGAGUGUAAGAGGCUGCAGAUGGAGGCUCAGAGGCUACGGGAAGAAAACAAACAGAUCAGGGAGGACGACGGUCUGCGGAUGAGGAAGAGUAACAUGAUGUCGUCUCAGCACACCUCAGUUGGCAUGAAGAAAGAGGAGGGGAUGAGCGCCCGCACGGUGGCCCUCAUUGUGCUCUUCUUUGUGGUGGGCGUCAUCGUGGGCAAACUGGUCUUGUAGAUGGCAGCACAGUUCGGUCGGCCGCAGCAUGCUUUCAGGGGGACAAAAACAAACACGGGAUCUGGGAUUUUGGAUCAGAAAUGCCAUAUCCGCUGGGUGGGAGGGGUGGUACUAGUUUUGAUUCAGUCUCAUUUAUGUAAAAAAUUUCAAAAGUAAUGUAUGAGAGAAAAAAAAUGAAGAAAAAAGCGAUUCGUCAUCUUAUGAACAAACCUACUGUUACAGGUCUUGCCUCUACGUAAUCAUCGCAUAAUCAUUCUGGCCCUCUUCCCAAAGUUUUAUGUAUACCGAUGACUGGUUCUGUGGAUUUUCUAACACCGGCAAGGUACUGUUGGUGUGGCUGAGUCAGUUUGCAAUUGUGCGAAUGUUAUUUUAGUGUAUUGUUGUUUCUUUUUCUAAAUGAUGGAGGCCAGAGCUACGUAUAUAUAUCUAAUAUAUAUAUAUA